GACAGGAGAGUUUGUUUGUUAUGCUGUUCAUGAGCAACUGUGUCUGUGGUGGCAGGGAAACUAGAUACAACAACAAUGCAGUACAGUACAGUACGGGGUAGAUCUAGAGAGGGAGCUAGCAGCACUUGAGAAAUUCACUCGUACUACAAAUUUGUAUAUAAUUCAAAUCUAAAAAUGGAAAAAUGAAAAAGGUGGUACAAUGCGAGUGGGUGGGGUGUGGCAAGCGACCACGUACCGACCGACCAUCUCGCACAAUCCCCAAUACUUGAAAAUAAAAGAAAUACUAUAACCCCUGGCCUGGAGUGAGUUGGUGGAUUGCAUAUUUGUGUUUCAAGGCUGUGCCUGUCUGUCUCCCUGUCUCCCUGUCUCUCUUUCCGUUGCCUUGGGAAGAAAAUUGAUGGAUGUGGCCCUCUCUGGAGGCACUUGUACCUACUACGUGGACAGACAGACAUACACUAUUCAAAGCAUGCAAUUUGAAUUAAUUUACAUUUUAGAAUUACAAUAGCGUUCAUGUUUCUGUCUACCCACUACGCUGUUCAAAAAUUUCCCCGAUUCUAAAAUCUUUUUCAUGUCCCCUACAGACAGCAAUUGAGCUUCUUUCACCCGCCACAAUGUUCUUCUCUGUAGCCUGGAUUUGGGCACCAUUAUGUGCGCUCACAUUAUAUCUCCACCUUCACAGUCUGCUGGUUAGAAAGAAGAAGAAGAAGAAGAAGAAGCAGCAGUGGCCUCCGAGUCCGAGAGGGGGGCUUCCCAUUCUAGGACAUCUGCACCUCCUGUUGAGGAAGAAUCCCCAUCACGUCUUGUGCGAUCUUGCUCGGAAACAUGGCCCCAUCAUGGGCCUGCGCUUGGGGUUCGUGCCUGCAGUGGUUGUGUCAUCGCCGGCUGCAGCCGAGCUCGUCCUCAGGACGCAUGAUCGCGUCUUCGCCAACAGGCCCAGUCAGCAGGCCGUCAAAUUUGUAGGGUACGGGCAGAGGGGCGUCGUCUUCAGUCCUUACGGGCCGUACCUGCGCAGCAUGCGGAAGCUCAUAGCGAGCAGCCUCAGGAUGAGCCAAUCCGGGGCCGGGGCCACGAAUACGAAUACGAACACGAACAAGAUGGAAGCUGAGCUGGGGCUGCUCGUUGAGUCGCUAAAACAGGCCGCCCGCAGGCGAGAGAAGGUGGAUCUUGGCAUCAGGAUAUUCAGCCUGACCCGCGAUGUCAUUUGCCGGAUGGUGUUUGGGAGGAAGUCCGUGAGCAAUCUGGAUGAGGAGGGUUUCAAAUUGGUGAUAUCGGAAGCAUUGGAGCUCGCUGCCAAGUUCAACGCCGCAGACUACUAUCCCUCCUUCGUUGGCUCGCUGGAUCUCCAGAGGAUGAACCGUAGGAUGAAGCGGCUGAUCGACAUCUUUGACGGGCUUUUAGAAGGAGUUGUGGAAGACCACGUUCGAAUUCGAAAGAUGCAUCAGGAGCAGGAGCAGGAGCAGGAUUUUGUGGAUAUAAUGUUGGGUGUAAUGGAGUCUGGAAAGGCUGUGUUUCCAUUCGAUCGGCGUCACGUCAAGGCCGUGGCGCUGGACCUGAUGAUAGCAGGAACGGAUGCUCCAGCGUCGGCGAUUGAAUGGGGGCUAACAGAGCUCAUAAGGCAUCCGCAAGCCAUGCAGAAGCUUCAAGAAGAGUUGGCAUCAGUGGUGGGAAUGGGGACGGAUGAGAGUAGGGUGAAGGAGUGGCAUCUGGACAGACUGGAGUACCUCAACUGCGUGGUGAAGGAAACACUUCGCCUCCACCCGCCGGUGCCGAUGCUGGUUCCCCACGAGGCCAUGGAAGACUGCGUGCUGGACGGGUUCCACAUCCCCAGGAAAUCCAGAGUGCUGGUGAACGCCUGGGCUAUAGGGCGAGACCCCGAUGCGUGGCAAGACCCGGACCCGCUGAGAUUCUCCCCGGAGAGGUUUGCCGGUGCAGCAGCAGAGUUCAUGGGAGGGGAUCACUUCCGGCUGCUGGCAUUCGGGUUCGGGAGAAGAAGCUGCCCGGGGAUGCAGUUGGGGCUGAGGAUGGUGAAGUUGGGGUUGGCCCAGCUGGUGCACUGCUUCCGCUGGGAGCUUCCAGAUGGAAUGCAGCCCCGUGAGUUGGACAUGACCGAGCAUUUUGGCAUCGGGACUUGUAAAGCAGAGCAUCUCAUGGCCAUCCCUGUUUAUCGUUUGCUUAAGUAG